AUGAGGCGCAUAUGCGUGUUAAGCACUGCAUUGGAUUUGGCUUCUGCAGCGCUGUGCAUUGGGGGGGGAUGGUGCGGGCAACAGGGGCAGCUGAUGUUGGAGGAAGGCUGUGUAGCGUUCACCGUAUUUUGCCACGCAGUUGGUGAGGAUAAAUACAAGAUGAGGCGCAUAUGCUUGUUAAAGACUGUAAUGGAUUUGGCAGCUGGAGCGUUGUGCGUUGAGAUGGGGGAUGGGGGGAAGCUAAAUGGGGCUAAUAUAGUGUAA